AUUUACACAAACAUUCCGUCGUUUUCGUCCGACAGGUGGCGUAGACGGAAUGUAAACAGAAAGAGGAAGGUGGACGACGACAUGCCGCAUUUUAUGUCCGUCGGCGAGUGAUGUCCACCGUUCGGUGCUACGUACGAAACUUCUGAAAGGUCGCCGCCGUCGACCGGACCUGUUAUCGUCGAAGAUGGCCACCUUGACGGAAAACGUCGUCCUGGCUCGUACCAGAGCUCAAGAUCUGAAGAGCGUCAGGAAACUUAAUUGUUGGGGAAGUGAAUUAAUGAAUAUUAGUAUAAUUAGAAAAAUGCCAAAUGUGGAAGUACUUUCACUGAGUGUAAAUUGCAUUAAUACAUUGGCCGACUUUGCACACUGCAAGAAUCUCCAGGAACUGUACAUUCGGAAAAAUAAUAUUACGAACCUGAACGAAGUAUGUUACUUGCAAGAGUUGCCCAAUCUUCGAAGCUUAUGGUUAGCCGAUAAUCCAUGUACCAAUUGCGAAAAAUACCGUAUAUCGGUGCUUCACACGUUGCCCUUUCUUAAAAAAUUAGAUAACGUCGCGGUUCAAACGGAAGAAGUCGAAUACGCAAAGUUAUACGGAGUACCCUUGAAACAUCCUUUAGAAAUAAACAAGGAAUCAGUAUCUUCCGAAAAGGAGGAGAAUUUUUCCAGACAGGCGGAAGAAAAGAAAUAUAUAGAAGUGGAUAUCGAAGACAAUAAAAUAAAUAAAGACAUCAAUAACGAGAUCGAUAAGAAGGAAUACAGGAGUAUAUCCGAAUCUCACAGAAACGGAGAUGUAAACGUGAAUUCCAAUAUGAAAAAUAGUAUUUCGACGUCUUCCUUAAUAAUAGAAAAUUACGAUCAUCAAAACGUCAACAUCGUCAGCGACCAUAAUAUAAAUAAUUUUCCGGAAUCUCCCCAACACGUUUUUCAGGCCAAGGUUAAGACGUUAGUCGAUCAUUCUGGCAAACCAUCCCCUACGAAUAACGAUGCCUGCGAUAACAAGGAGCAGCAAUACAGUCCAGCUUCGCCCAGACGUUCUCAGAUGUCUCACAGCGAUUCCGAACCCGACGGGAUUAUUUCCGUCAGUGACAGUUACAGGUCUCACGAUUCGGAAAGUUCCGAGUAUAUUAAAAGAUGCAGAAGUCCUAAUUUUCAAGUAGCAGACGUUAGGCGAAUGGGAGGAAAUUCUCUUCAGAAGAGCGAUAAAAUAUGGAACGCUCGAUACUUAUCGAAAGGAGGAAGAAACAGGAAUUCGAACAUCCUGUCGGCUGUCCUGUGCCUUAUCAAAGAACUGGACUACGCGGGUCUAGAAGUGGUGGAUACGGCCAUUCACUGCAGAUUGGAAGAAAUGGACGAGUGACUGGGAACUUCCGCUCCUCUCCCUCCCUCCUCAGUUCCGGAAGAGAGACGACUACCGACCUCCCGAUCGUCCCGUUCCGUCCGACCCUUGGUCUUUCGACGCUACGCGUGCCUUAACCGCUCCGAGCGCCACUACUUAAGGGACGCCAUUCGCACCCUCUAAUUUAUUAACAGUUGCAUAUUUAAUGAAUUUCUGUGGGCCGCACCAAUCUUUCCUUUUUUUUUUGUCGCGAAUAAAUUACGAAAAUAAACC